AGCAGCAAGUGUGGACGCAACUUUUCCAUGAAUGUACCGUCUGACUUUCAACUUUUACAACAUUCCUUUUGGCCUCAGUGUAUGAAUUUAAAAAAUAAUUUUUUUCCCCACUAUUUUUUAAUUAUAUUUAAUCAAAUGUACUGAUUUGGACUUUUUUGCUUUUUAAACCAGAAUCUUAAAGCCAGCAGGAUGCCUGGACUCAUUAACAAGGAAACCCGGUGUGCUCUGCCCCUCAGUGUGUCUGACAUCACUUGCUGCGUCAGGGGUUAUACUCUGGCUCUGACGGCCUCGAUGACCUAUGAGAAUAUUGAGGAUCAUGCAAUUGAGGGUAUCUUUAUAUAUCCACUGGAAGAACAUUCCAUUGUUGUAGGGUUCGAGGCUAUGAUUUGCAGUCAAAUUAUAACCCUACAAAUAAAAGGCAAGGCAAAACUUAAUGAUUGUUAUCAGGACAGCUGCCACUCAACUAACGGGGCGCUGCAGAGCGGCACCGUUACUGGGAACAUACUGAUGGAUGAGGACUUCGAGAGGACAGUGUUGGUGGUUAACCUUGGAAUUAUUCCUCCAAUGGAGACUGUACAUAUCCUGGUGAGCACGUCUUCUGAGCUCACCACUUUGCCCAGUGGUGGUAUCAAGGUCUCGUCCCCACCAGUUUGCACACCUCGGGUACAACGGACCAUCAAUGAGGAGCAGGGAUUGUCCCCAAACUUCUCAAGAACGCGUGAUAGACCCACUUGUGCCUCAAGUCCUCAUGAUCAAAAUUCAAACGCCUUACUGUGGCUGGCAUCGCUGCUGGAGGAUGAGGCUAUAAACUCCAUGGACUAUGAAUUUAACUUCCAGCUAGAGAUCCGGGCUCCAUAUCUCCUUGCAGGAGUGGAGAGCCCUUCUCAUGCCAUCCGAGCUGAUGCAGACCCUCUAGCCCGCUCGGCCACCAGCGUCGUCAUCACACUGGCUGACAAGUACACUUACGACUGCCCUGUUGAAAUACUCAUCUACCCCAGCGAGCCCCAUGUACCGCACGUGCUCGUCGAGAAUGGAGACAUGACGCAGGAGGAUUAUGACGAGUACCUUCACAGUCGGAAUGACUUCAUCAAAGCAACCAAGAAGGACUCCAGCAAUCAGAGGAAAGUAGAUGUCAUCCACAGACGGUUACAUAAGGACAUUCUCCACAACCCCGUGGUCAUGUUGAACUUUUGUCCUGACCUGAAAUCUAUCUGCUCAGACCUGAGGAAGGUUCAUGGCGAAUUCAUCUUCCUUAUUGACCGAAGCGGCAGUAUGAGUGGACUCAACAUCCACCGUGUGAAGGAUGCCAUGGUGGUUAUUCUGAAAAGUCUUGUGCCUGGCUGCCUUUUCAACAUUGUUGGAUUUGGAUCCACGUUCAAAUCACUCUUCACAGCCAGCCAGACCUACGAGGAGGAGGCCCUGGCCCAGGCUUGUGAUUACAUCCGGAAGAUGAGAGCCGACAUGGGGGGAACCAACAUCCUGGCACCGCUCACCUGGAUUGUGAGACAGCCCACGUUUCGCUGUCACCCCAGGCUGCUCUUCCUGCUCACGGACGGGGCAAUCAGCAACACAGGCAAAGUUAUUGAGCUGGUCCGCAGCCACGCACGCUACAUCAGAUGUUUUACAUUUGGCAUAGGACAGAAUGCAUGCAGGAGGCUGCUGCAGGGACUGGCGGCUGUUUCCAAAGGAACAGCUGAAUUCCUGGCUGAUGGAGAGAGGCUGCAGCCCAAGAUGAUAAAGUCGCUGAAGAAAACCAUGUCCCCUGUACUCAGUGACAUUUCCAUUGAAUGGCUCUUUCCUGAAACCAAAGAGGUGCUGCUCUCUCCUGUUGGCAACACCUUCCUCUUUCCAGGGGACAGUCUGAUUGGCUACAGUGUGGUGUGCGACACUACUCGUUUCCACGACAACCCCAAAUCUGAUAAAAGGAGGCGAUACAGCAUGAUGCGCUCCAUUGAGCCAGCCAGCUCAGUGUUUUACCACUCACAAGAAGAGGAAGUGGGGAAGACAGGAGUUGACAGUCAGGGAUCCCACCGGGAAGCACCCUCCGGCACGCUCCAUGACUUCUACCAGGACUGUAUGAUAGAGGCUGGCCUUGUCAUUACAGAGCCAGACUUCACAGAUGACACAUCACCAAGGAGACGUGCGUACAGCACAAACCAACUCAUGGAGUACAACCCAGCCAAGAAAACCUUCACGCCCAGUGACCCCAACUCUGUGGUGCCCAAGAAUCCGCUGAGGAGGAGUAAGGUCCAGGAGCUGACAGGCCAGAUGAGCCCUGAGCAUGAAGUGCAUUGGAAGAAUGAGUACCAGCCACAGCAGGCUGGUCUGUGCGCCACGUCCUUCAGAGGGCGACCUGCCACCUGUUACAUGCCGCCUCUCCAGCAGGAGCCACCUCCACAGCAGGAAGAUGACUCUGAGCUUCAUCCCCAACCCCAGCUACAGGAUGACCCUCAGCCAAGCGACAGCAGAGGGGUGCCUGUUGCUCGCAACCCUGCUGGGGAUGAUUGGUCCAGAUCGUCCACAGACAGCCAUUCUGUUGGCAGCGUUGGAGACACAGAUGGAUAUGGGCACCAACUGUGUCAAGCAGAAACCCCUCAAGAUACCCAAACACCAUAUCUGAUAAUCACCAGUCAGCACAAAGGGGACUGCAAAGCAGUGGUGUCAGGGCUGCUGUGUGGGCAACCGAUGAAGUGGGAGGUGGUCUUUGACAUUGAACCCUUUUUAAGUGGCCGGGAACGUGAGGAAAAGGUUCAUGAAGAGCUGUGGAAUGAAACGUUCCACCACCUGGCUGGGAGCUCCAUCAUACACGACUUUGAGCAUAUGGGUGAUAAAGAGCCUGAGAUAGAGCAUGGUUCUGGCAGGAAGUACCAGGUAUAUGCUAUUCACACUAGCAAAGCCUGCAAUAUACUGAGCAAAUACACAGCAUUUGUUCCCAUCGACCUGGACACCAACGAGUAUUUGCCAACAUGUGUUGAAUACAUAAAUACUGGUGCAGGCCUGAAGAGGGGCUCCAGGUCUCGAUCAGGGAGCAGGAAGAACAGAGGGUACUCCAUCGGACUUGGUCGCUCUCAGUCUGGCGGCAUGUCAGAGGAAGCCGAAGAUGUCCUCCUUCCUAACAAUGCAGAGGAUGGUGUCUCUCCAUGCAGCACCCCGUCCUCCGCCAGCUGGGAGAAAUGCAGCUUCACAGAGGUCGCCCCACUGAGGAGUCCAUCUGUGACCUCUGACCAGUCACAGAAAUCAGUGGAGAGUCUUUUUUCUGCCAGGCUGGCCCUCAGCAGGACUCGCCUCCUGACCCGAGCAGCAAAAGGAUUCAUGUGUCGAUCGCACAGCAAGUCCGGUGAUUCAAUAGGAGAGAGUGAAAACGAGAACAAAGACUACAUUCCCCUGGUGCUGUUGCAGUUGGCCAGUGGUGCAUUCCCCCUGGACUCAGCUCUGUGUGAAGCCAUUAACGUGCCGAUGGACAAGCUGAAGUGGACGUCACCCUUCGCCAGCCACCGCUCCAGCUUGGGCCACCUGUCUCAGUCCAGCAGCCGCCGCACCGACAGUGCCAAUGACGGGUCCAGAUCACCGUUUGAGCCAGACCCUUAUCAGCAAGUGGCAGAGCACACUGCUGGCAUCCACACCCCCUCUUAUUCAUCCAGAAAUGCCUGGGUGGAUGCUGGUCAGUUCACCGCCAUUGAGCCCCAGUUUUUCCCGUUCACCCAGGUGGACAGGGUACAGAGCUCAGGGUCGGGGGGCUCGGAAAUAGCAUCACUUGGCAGCGCGCUGAAGAGGGUGCAGGAUCCAGAGAAUAUGGUGUGGGCAACAGCUGUUGCCCUUGCCUGGCUGGAGCACAGCUCCGCCAGUUAUUUUACAGAGUGGGAGCUGGUAGCUGCCAAAGCCAGCAUGUGGCUGAAUGCACAGGACAUCCCAGAGGGGAAAGAUUUAGCCUCCAUCAAGGCUGCAGCCAAUCAGCUCUUCAUCAUCCUCAGACAUUGGGAUGAAAACCUGCAGCUGAACAUGCUCUGUUACAACCCCAACAGUGUCUGAGACCUUAAACAGAUCUCUGAAGGCACUGAGUCCCAUAUGAUACUAUGCUAACCAAGGCUGUACCGUCACAGUGGUGUUACAAAAGAAUUCACACCCCUUGAACUUUUUCACAUUUUGUCAUUUUACAAAAAACACCCUUCAGUGAGUUACCUUGCCAUUUUAGGUGAUAGACCAACCCAAAGAACUGUUAUGUUCUUACAGAGCACUGUUUAGUCUAUCAGAUGAAAAUCAACAGUCUUCAGCACAGCAACAAACCUACCAAGACAUGGCCAUCCACUUAAAGUGGGCGAGGAGAGCAUCACUCAGAGGAGCAGCCAAGAGUCCCAUGGUAACUCUGGAGAAGCUGCAGAGAUUCACACCUCAGGUGGGAGAAUCAUUUGUUGGGUCAUACACAAAUCUGGCCUUUAUGGAAGACUCGCAAGGACAAAGUCAGUAUUUAAAGAAAGCUAUAAGAAAUUCAAUUUAAACAUGGCAAAAACAAAGAAGAGGAGUUUAAAUUUGAAAGUAAUGGCUGACAUUCAACAUACUACGUCUCGUGGAAAACAUGCACUGCAUAUCACCCUGAACACACCAUCCUCAAAGGUGCAACGGAAGUGUUUAGAUAAAAGCACAUAAAAGCAUAUGUAGGAAUCAGAAUGGCCCAGUCAAAGUACUCGUACUCGUCGUCUUCCGCUUUAUCCGGGACCGGGUCGCGGGGGCAGCAGACUCAGCAGAGACG